AUGCCAACCUUGGACAAUGAGCUUCUGGAACCACUUUUAGACAAUUCUCCCAGUGUUUCACUGACUAACAUAGAACUUGUUGAUCUCUUCAAACAAAGCUACUUCUCACUUCGAUCGCAGCCCUUCCACAAAUACCCCAAUGAGACAUUGAUAUAUCAUGGCUACAUCAGGUGCACACCAAUCUAUCCAACAGUUGCUGUAUCACUGUGCACUCUUGCCACCUACUGUCAAAUCCAUCGCUCUUGUCCUAGGUUCAGCAUUCAAGCCCAAGUCAAAUCUCUAUGUUUCCUUCAUGAUAUAUCUAACAAUAUUCCCUACAGACCAUACCUCAGUGUACAACUGUCAGUUGCUUAUGACAUUUAUUUAGACAUCCUUCACCAUGUGGAUCAGUGGCUUUGCAUGGUGCUCAAACAUGACAUGCUGCAUUGGUGCAUGCUCAAUUCAUGCCCAGCUUGCUUCUAUAAGCUGGAGGAUGAGCCAGCACUAGAAUUUGAUUGGCUGGUAUCUAUCGACAGCAAUAACAGUUUGAAACAGUGGGACUCGACAAUUUAUGGCUCAAAAAGGUGCCCAGAUUCUCAUAAGGCACGGUCUGACUACUGGUUUGAUGCCUGUGAUGUAGACAGGUUCAAGGAUGAAGUAAGGACACGAGAAUCAAAUAAUGAUAACUGGAUGGACGACACAGUCGGAACUAAAGCCGGUGGGACAUUCAUGUGCGUCAACCGCUGGCGCAAUGCUGGACCCAAAACUCGUAAAAACACAAUUUCAGUAUUUGACGAAUCAGGCAUUUUUAUUGCAGCAUGUCAUCAUUGGUGCAUUCUUCUAGCCUGCGACAUGAUCCGGAGCAGGGAAUUGGCAAAAUAUCUGCUAGCCAUAAUCGAAAAGCUCCUUACAGUAUAUGGGAAGAAUGGAGGAUGUGCCUAUGACAUCAGAUGCACAUUUUCGAAGAUGCUAAGUAAUAGUUCCUUGGGUACACAAGCACACGAAUUGGACUUUCAGCUCAUGGUGGGUGCAUUUCAUGGACAUGCUCAUAAUCGUAGAUGCCAGCUUGACUGGCAUCCUAUGUACAUUCCAGGAAUCAGACACUGA